AUGAUUGCUUGGCGGGUGUCCAUCCUUGUGGCACUGGUUGGUGCAGGCGAUGUCGUCGACAUGCACCACCAGGACCUGGCUCCGGCCAGCAGCAUUCUGGCGGCUGCGGCGGGGGGCUUUGGCGUGGAAGCCGAGGUUUCACAUGGGACCGGCGAUGAGACGGUCACUGUGCAGUCGGAGCAGCAGCUGCCCGUCACCGACCUGGAGGCGGAGGUGCAGCGCACCUCGCGCGUGGCCGCGUACCUGGCGCAGGACGCUGCCGUGCUCUCGAAGGAGCUCCAGAGUCUUCAGAUGUCGCUGCGCGGGCACGCGCGUCUAGAUCUGGAUCAGGAGGCCCCAGUGUCCGCGUUGGCCCUGGGCGCCAGCGCUGUGCCGGCGCCGACGCCGUCGGUGCCAUCGCCAUCGCCAGCGCCAGCGCCAGCUCCUGCGCCGGCGAAGGACGCUCAGAAGGCUGCCGCUCCAGCCAGCAGUGAGGGCUGCGAUGGCCAGGGCGAAGUGCCGUGCAGCCCGGUGAACCAGAUCAUCACCUUCGGGUACCGCUACUCCAUCGCCUGGGGGCUGCUGAAUUGGGCCCGCAGCCCCAGAUCCGGGCGUACCACCGGCAAGACCUCCCUCGGAUCCGCGGAAAGCCAAGAGCUCUCCGGCGCCUGA